GUUAUGUUUAUAGAAGUUAUGGUACAAAUAACAUUUGUCUUUCAAAAGUGAAAGAGUUUAAAAAGCUUUUAGUAUUGUGGGAAGACAUGAUCUCAAAAACCGCCAGAGAAAGUGUGACCACACGACUGGAGUAGGACGAUGGAAGAAGAUGAGGAAGGACCACCCACAACUUCCGUCUUUUACACCUCCCGGGAGGUGUAAGAAGAAAACACGGGGUACAACAAGAAAUCCCCCGGUUCAAGCAUUUGUAGAUUCGGGCCUGAAAAAGCCUCGUUAAUGAACCCAAAAAUAACAAUGUCGAACUGAUUCAGCAUCUUCUUGGUGAAGCCAAAGUAUAAGCNUCAAUGGCUACGAAUGUUCGCGCUGUAUGUGGUGCGCUGAAAAGGUUCAGUCGGCCUCACGCCUCCAGUUGGGUUUGGAAGAAGAAAGUUUUCUGCUGCAAGAUGUCCUCCGAGUCACCUUCCUUGACUCACACCAUCACACUGCCUAAUAAACCCAAUGAACCUGUUCAUAUUGUUGCUGCUCCNGGCGUCUCCCAUUCUGAUUUCUGGAAUGCUGUUGAAUCCUCUUUGNUCAAGCAGUGGUUGCAUAACUUGCAAACUGACAAUGGGAUUCUAGCUGAUGGCACCAUGACUCUGAGACAAGUUNUAGUUCAGGGAGUUGACAUGUUUGGAAAGCGCAUUGGGUUUCUCAAGUUUAAAGCGGACAUUUUUNACAAGGAAACGGGGAAAAAGAUUCCAGGCAUUGUAUUUGCAAGAGGACCAGCUGUGGCGGUGCUGAUACUCCUGGAAUCAGAGGGUGAAACAUAUGCUGUUCUUACGGAACAGGCAAGGGUGCCUGUUGGAAGAAUUAUUUUGGAAUUGCCUGCCGGAAUGNUGGAUGAUAACAAAGGUGAUUUUGUUGGAACUGCUGUUCGUGAGGUUGAAGAAGAGANUGGUAUCAAGUUAAAUGUAGAAGUCAUGGUUGACCUCACUGCUUUCCUUGACUCUACAACUGGAUGCAGAGUUUUUCCCUCUGGGGGAGGAUGUGACGAAGAAAUCACUAUUUUCCUUUACAGAGGGGUCGUUGACAAAGAGAUAAUCACACAACUACAGGGAAAAGAGACUGGCCUUCGUGAACACGGGGAGCUAAUUAAGGUACGCGUAGUACCUUACAAGAAACUCUGGCACACAACAGCGGAUUAUUUUGAAAUAAGAGAUCCUUAA